CAUCUCCCAAAAAAAUGAGGCAAAAAUUGACAAUUUCAAAUUGAAAAUUAACCACGUCUGAAAUAUUCCAAGAUUCCAAAGUAUUUUCAAUAAGAUGGGAAUAGAUUACUAUGGAAUAUUGCAAAUUCCAAAGCACAGCAAUGACCUAGAUAUAAAGAAAGCGUACAGGAAUCUAGCUUUGGAAUUCAACAAAGGACUACUCGAGAAUAAGGAGGCACAGCAGGUAUUCACUCUCAUAGGUGAAGCCUAUGAUGUACUGAGUUGUCCUCAGAAAAGAGCAAUAUUUGAUCAAUAUGGGGAAGAAGGACUCAAGAGGGGAAUCCCUACAGUUGAUAAAUACAUUCCUGCUUAUCAUUAUCACGGGGACCCCAUGAUCACAUAUAAGGAUUUUUUCGGUACAACUUCUCCAUAUGCUGAUCUACUAGACUUCCUAAAAAAUCCUCCUUUGUUGUAUAAAAUGGCUGAUGGGAAUCAGUGCAUACGAAAAAAACAAGAACCUAUAAAACACCCAUUACAGUUAACAUUGCAUGAAAUAUUCUUUGGAGGGGUCAAGAAAAUGAAAAUUCAAAGAUUAGCCUUUACAAAUGCUGAGAAAUCAUGUACUGAAAUCAAAGAAAAAAUUCUGAAUAUAUCCAUAAAACCAGGGAUUCGACCGAAUACAGAAAUUAUUUUUCCUGAAGAGGGGGACCAAAAUCCUGCUCAAAUCCCAGCUGAUGUCAUCUUCAUUACUGAAGAUAGACCUCACGAAACUUUCGUUAGAGAUGGAGAUAAUUUAAUUAUAGAGGUCGACGUUACUCUGGAAGAAGCUCUUCUUGGUACCACAGUUACAGUGAACACUAUAGAUCAUCGAACAAUUAGAAUUCCUAUUACAGAUGUUGUCUAUCCGGGAUACGAAAAAAUUGUAGAAGGUGAAGGCAUGGUAAUUUUGGAACAGUAUCCGAAUAAAGGAGAUCUAAUCAUUAGGUUCAAUAUCAAUUUUCCAACGUAUUUGCCCAAGAAUAGCAAAGAUGUACUAAGAAAAGGUUUUCAUUUAGCAAGGCUUGGCGGUGGAGCUGGACAACAUGAAGUUAUUAAUAAGUUAGUGUUAGCAGAUAAAAUCCUACGUGUUGAUCCCGAUGAAAGAUUGCCCCCAAUGUGAACACGUUCAUGUUCGUAUUUAUAUUCUCUUCAAUAAACCUGAAUUAAUCGAU